AUGCGACUUGUGUGGGUUUUUAAACUCGGCAUCUUCGCCUUCGUCUCAAGAUUGAUAACUAGUCAGACGUGUGGACCACGUCGACGCAAAGAUUGGGACAUGAUGACGCCGAUUGAGAAGAGCACAUACCAAGGUUCUGUUGCUGCUGCAAUGAAAUCGGGUGAAUACGUCAAGUUUAUCGAAAUGCAUACGGAAAUGAUGUCAGAACGAGAAGCACAUCGUCAAUGUAUGUUCAUCUACUGGCAUCGAUUUCUGUUAGUGGCGUUUGAAAAUAUGCUACGUGGUCAAGGUCCCGAAUUUGCUUGUGUCACGGUACCUUACUUCAAUUGGGUUUCCGGUAAUGCAAAGCUUACUGCAGGAGCUUGUACAUCAUUGGGCGAUUGUCACACAAUCACUAGCGAAUUGGGCGGAUGGACGAAUGGCACAAGACGUACGAUCGCCAUUAACGGGGUCAACGCUACCGGUCGCUGUAUUACCUCCCCACCUUAUGAUCAAUUCUGUGAAUCCUUGUCAACUAAGGGCACUGCUUGUGCCAGAUGUAUUCCCCGUAGUAAUUGGGGUAUUGUCCAGAUACCUGCAACGACGGGGUACGCAUCAGUGCGUAACCAAGUCCUAACUGGUAAGAAUAUUGGUCAAAUGUCACCAAUUAUUGAAGAAGGCUGCCACAAUAAUAUUCACGCAAAUAUGUUGAGCACGAUGACUACAUUUGCUGCUCCAGCUGAGAUACUCUUUUGGUCCCACCAUGCUAUGAUUGACUUGCUACAUGUGAUUUUCCACAAAUGCCGCGUGGGGACAGAUCGAAUGACAUUUGCACAGAAAGCUUCACAUUCUGUGGCUUGGACAUCAUGUGCACGUCGUGAAUCUAACGUUACAUUUCAACCGACAGAUGUCGUGACGAUGCGAACGGGUGAAAGGGGUAUCAAUCCUAUUAGUGCACUAUCAGAUCCUCUCGUCGGUCGGUAUUUUGCGGGAGUACCGAACCAAUUCGCUGGUUUAAUGGAUAUUCGUGACUUAGGCGCGAGCAGUUAUGGUUACAGUAUCAAUGGCCAGUUGGCUUCCAUAUAUAAUAAAUGUGACGGAUCUCCAGUAUCUCGAAGACUAAAAGAAGCCAACACAACAACAUCUAAACCCAAAAUGUGCGGUAUGGCUGACGAAAGCAAUGAUUAUGGGUCCCAUAACAACUUUCCAGAAACUGACUAUACCGGUGUUGAUGAUGGCUUUCAAGAUGUUGUGAUUGUUAGUAACUCGGGCAAACCGGUGGAUGAGAACACCCCUAAAGAAGAAUAUAUCUCAGACCCUUCCGAGUUAAAAGUUGCGAAUUGGUACGAUCAGACAGUUGAGGCCAUGGGUGGUGAUACACAAGAGACUAUGGACGAUCUGGAACGACAAGCGUGCAUGUUUGAGCAUGUUUGCAUGGGUGGUACCAAGGACUAUACAGAAGAAUUCAAGAUCACUUGGAAAGCAAAAGUGCCACGAUGUAAGGCAAUUGUUGAUGCUAUCAUCAACGGCUCGCAAUCGAUUCAGUACAAAGCUUGGCGUGACGACAUGGAGGCUGUUUUUGGUUGUCCGGAGCCGACCGAGACGAGCAAGACGGGAAUCUCGAAUGCUUAUGAGUCUAACUCGCCGUAUUCUUGA